UAUUUUAACAAGGGGAGCAGUGGAGGGAGAAAAAACAGAAAACACGGACUAGAGAAGGUGGCUUUGAAAGCAUGGAAUAUUUCAUGAUGCCGACAGAGAAGAUACCGUCCUUACAGCAGUUCAAGAAGACGGAGAAGGAUGUCAUAGGAGGUCUCUGCAGCCUGGCCAACAUCCCCCUCAGUCCAGAGACGGCCCAGGACCAGGAGAGACGAAUCCGCCGUGAGAUCGCCAACAGCAAUGAACGCCGGCGCAUGCAGAGCAUCAAUGCAGGCUUCCAGUCCCUCAAAACACUCCUGCCCCACACAGACGGAGAGAAACUCAGCAAGGCGGCCAUCUUGCAGCAAACAGCAGACUACAUCUUCACCUUGGAGCAGGAAAAGACACAGCUCCUGGCACAAAACAAUCAGCUCAAACGCUUCAUCCAGGAGUUCAGUGGUUCAUCACCGAAGAGGAGGCGAGCAGAGGAGAAAGAUGAAGGGAUCGGGUCUCCAGACACACUGGAGGAGGAGAAGGUCGAGGAGCUGAGGAGAGAGAUGUUAGAGCUGCGACAGCAACUGGACAAAGAGCGCUCGGCUCGUAUGCAGCUGGAGGAGCAGGUGCGCUCUCUGGACACGCAGCUGCACCCAGAGCGUCUGAAGGUGAUCACCCAGCAGGUGGAGGAGGAGCAGGCACUCAUCCAGAGCCAGACGCUGUUACGGCUGCAGCAGAUCCACGCCGCCGACAGACAAACACACAGUCCACAGGUGCUGGCUCCUCCCACUCCCCCUGCCCCAACCCAUCACCCCACGGUCAUCGUCCCAGCUCCGACACUAACCCAGCACGCCCACCAUCACGUCACUGUGGUGACCAUGAGCCCAUCUGUCCACACCAGCACUGUGUCCACAUCCAGACAGAACCUGGACACCAUUGUGCAGGCCAUCCAGCACAUCGAACGCACUCAGGAGAGGAGAGCCAGCGCCGAGGAGGAGCAGAGACGAGCUGUCAUCGUCAGCCCCGCCCACGUCGCCAUGGACACCGCCUGCUCGGACACAGACACUGACACAGAGGGAGAGGACUGCUCAAUGAAAUGAUCCACUCCACGAACGAACAUAUACACGCACACACACAUACACACAAACACUUAAAAUACCUACUCACUGUAAGAUUCCCUCCAGGAGCUAGACUACUUUUAAAAAAAAAAUCUGUCUUUGGCAUUAUCCAAACUCCUAAAUCCAGUGGUUAAGCUCGGUGUCAGUCUUGUACUGUAAAAUCUCUGAAGAUUGAAAACAUAGGAUGGUCAGCGUGCAGAGGAGGCCCUGUGAGGAUUUCUAGACGCUGUUUUUUCAAUGUCUGAGCCGGUGUGUCGCUGCUUGAAAACUUAGGGGUCUCCUUGUGUAAAAAGCUAUCAGCAUCCAUCCGUCCUUCAUGUGUGUUUAUGUGUGCUACAUACAGUCAUGGUAUCAGUUACCCGUCGUCACUGGCACGCUGACAGUAUUAUUUGUGCUAGAAAUUGAUGGAUUUAGCAUAACGGAAAGUUGAAUGUAACAACACAAUAAGCACGCAGCUCUUGAUUCUGAAAAGGGACAUGGAGUUGCAGUUAUUUCUUCCCCAGUCUUAAUUUUGUUUUUUCCUUCUUUUUUUUUCCUGGUUCCUUUACUCGAGUGCCAGUGGCCAUGAAACCCGACUUAAACUACAACUGAGGGCAUUUCUAAAUUUAAAAGUUUGGGACAAAUACUCACUUAAUUGCAAAGUUAAUUUUGAGGACACAUGUGGAAAGAAAUUUUGUCUGAUUUACUUGAAACAAAAGGAUGUGUUAUUGAUAUCUAAA